AUGGCGCUCUCCGAAUACGCAACGUCGUUGCUAGCCACCUUUUCUCUCCUAGCCGCCACGAUCAGUUCCCUCAUCAGUCCCAAUGUAGAAAAAUCGUUCUUUCGAGGUGUCAAGUGGAACAUCUGGCUUUUCUCUCCAUUCCGGUCCGGUGCAAUCGCCAUGGCUGUAGUCAUCCUGUUAAUCGCCUACAGGCUCUUAAACCUCGCCGAAACACAUGUCGGCCUAGCGCUCCUCGUUCUCCACCCGACAUCGGACGCGCGUUCUGGUCGCGUUUCGCACGGCUUGCUUUUCUCACCGGGGGAUUACGACGUCAUUAAUCAGACCGUGCUAGUUGAGCUUUCGACGUUUUCUUGUGUGACUACGUUUGAAGUCCGUGGAGGCUGGCCUCGCCGUGUACUGGUGGAGGGAUCUGUCUUGUCUGCCGCUCACCUCAUCCAAGACUAUGUUGAUAACGAGGGCAAAGAGAGCGGAUCCAGGAAAAGAAACGAGCACAGAAAAAUUACAUCAACCCCUGCUGUAACUGGUAAUCUCUGCGAUCGCGUACGCCAGCUCUCGCCAAUAGCAGCCGAGCCGGAUAUCACAUCCGCCUCGCAUUCCUUUCUUCUGGAGCAAUCUCCCAAACUGAGAAGAGUUUUUGAUCCAAGCGUCCCGGCCCAAUGUCAGAUAUUCCAAGAUCUUGCUGAAGCCGCUCCAAUCGUCCACCAGGUCCUCAAGGCCUUAUUGAUACACUCCAUAUCUGGAGUUUUGAGCUAUUACGGUUCCCGAUCCCUGAUCCUAUGGGCUAUAGGUCUGACGCAGGAAAACUUCUCGUGCAUCAUUGAGAUCAUAGUAAUUGCUGCCCUUUACUUUACGGUAUACUGCCUUGCAGUUAGAUCAGACCAGGCUCCCUCGAAGCCGCAUGUAGCCCCCGACAACAACUACCAGGGCACCCACCACCCAUAUGCCGGUGUCUCAGAAACACCCGAUGAAAAGGAAGAAAGGCCCCGGGCCGAAUCCGAAUUCCCUCAAACUCCGAAUACUCUUCGUUCAGAGAUAUUCCGAUUAGCUGUUGUCGUUCCUACGUUGACGAUCUGA